CCUAAUUGGAGUUCCAUUUCUGUGAUCUUGACUUCUUCCUUCCUCACUCAAUUGUUUAGCUAAAGUUAGGGUUUUGCCGAGAUUAAACCCUUCAGAGAAAGAUGAAAUCUUUCCUCGUCUCUCGACAAGCGAUCCACCGUAUUUCACUAUUAUCUUCAAAAACCCCAACUUUUUGCAGAAACUUCUCCGCCAUUACAUCUUCAAUUUCUCACUCUGAUCGUCAUCUAAGAAGCUACGACGAACAAACCCAUUUCAAAAAUGUCGAAAUCCCUAGACCCAUUUCAUCUUUCAAUCGAUAUUUCCACUUUACUCGCGAGUCCCGACUCAGUGAGUCCAGUGCCGCCAUUGAUGACUCAAAUGACCAAGAGGAAGACGACGAAGAAGAAGAUGGGACCACAAACGAGUUUCUCUCACGAUUCGUUUGGAUAAUGCGUGGGAAAGUCUCAGAAGCUUACCCAGAUUGUGACAAGAAGAUGAUCGAUGGUAUGCUUCUGCUUAUUGUAGAGAAAGUUGUGGAAGAGAUCGAAAGAGGUGGGUUCAAUAAAGUUGGAUCAGCUCCACCUUCACCGUCAUCGGAUUUUAGCGAUGAUCUUUGGGCUACGAUUUGGGAAGUUAGUAACACAGUGUUGAAAGAUAUGGAGAAAGAGAGAAAGAAAGAGAAGAUGAAGCAAUACGUUCAAUCUCCUGAAGUGAUGGAGAUGUGUAGGUUUGCUGGAGAAAUUGGUAUUCGUGGUGAUUUGCUUAGAGAACUUAGAUUCAAAUGGGCAAGAGAGAAAAUGGAAGACGCUGAGUUUUAUGAGAGUUUGGAACAGCAACGUGAUUUGGAUAAUUCAAUUAGGGAAUCUGAAUCUGUGGAUGGAGAAGUAGAAGAAGAAGGGUUUGUUCCCUCUGAUGAAAUUGAAUCUAGGAGUAUCUCUCUUCCUAAACGAAAGGGGAAGUUUAAGUACAAGAUUUACGGGCUUGAGUUAUCGGAUCCGAAAUGGGUUGAAAUGGCUGAUAAAAUUCAUGCAGCUGAGGAAGAGGCUGAUUGGAGAGAGCCUAAACCUGUUACUGGAAAGUGCAAAUUGGUUAUGGAGAAGCUUGAGUCUUUGCAGGGGGGAGAUGAUCCUUCAGGGUUGCUUGCUGAAUGGGCUGAGUUAUUGGAGCCUAACCGUGUGGAUUGGAUUGCUUUACUUAAUCAGUUGCGAGAAGGAAACACUAUUGCAUACUUAAAGGUGGCAGAACGUGUCCUGGAUGAAAAAUCAUUCAACGCUAGCAUCUCAGACUACUCAAAACUCAUCCAUAUCCAUGCUAAAGAGAAUCACAUUGAAGAUGUUGAGAGGAUUCUAAAGAAAAUGUCUCAAAAUGGGAUCUUUCCAGACAUUUUAACUGCCACUUCGUUGGUCCAUAUGUACAGUAAAUCAGGCAACCUUGAGCGUGCAACAGAGGCAUUUGAAAACUUGAAGAGCUAUGGGUUACGGCCAGAUGAGAAGAUCUACGAAGCCAUGAUCAUGGGCUAUGUAAACGCUGGCAAGCCUAAACUAGGUGAGAGGUUGAUGAAAGAGAUGCAAGCAAAGGAGUUGAAAGCCUCGGAAGAAGUUUACAUGGCUCUGCUUCGAGCUUAUGCACAAAUGGGAGAUGCCAAUGGAGCUGCAGGGAUUUCUUCUUCAAUGCUGUAUGCAUCAAACGAUCCACUGAGCUUUGAAGCAUAUAGUUUAUUUGUGGAAGCAUACGGGAAAGCAGGGCAGGUGGAUAAAGCUAAAAGCAACUUUGAUGAAAUGAGAAAGCUUGGCCACAAACCCGAUGACAAGUGCAUUGCAAAUUUGGUCCGAGCAUACAAGGGAGAGAACUCAUUAGAUAAGGCACUGAGACUUUUGUUGCAGCUGGAGAAAGAUGGGAUUGAAAUUGGUGUGAUCACUUACACUGUACUUGUUGAUUGGAUGGCUAAUCUCGGGCUUAUAGAGGAAGCUGAGCAGCUUUUGGUAAAGAUCUCUCAGCUAGGAGAAGCUCCACCAUUUGAGCUCCAGGUGAGCUUGUGCUGUAUGUAUUCUAGUAUGAGGAACGAGAAGAAGACUCUUCAAGCUCUUGGGGUUUUGGAAGCUAAGAGAGAUCAAAUGGGACCCAACGAGUUUGACAAAGUUAUAACUGCGUUGAAAAAGGGUGGGUUUGAAAAAGAUGCAAGAAGAAUGUAUAAGUAUAUGGAAGCUCGAAAGUUUUUGCCUUCACAGAGAUUGCAGAUGGAUAUGGUUGCACCACCUCGAGCUUUUGGGUCUGGAUCUGGUAGAGUGAGACGGUAAGAAACUCGUAAGUGGAAAAAUCUUUUGAAACUUAUUCAUCAUCUUGUGUUCAAUCUUCUAAGUCAAGUCACAUUCCGAGGUUUCAUUGAUUUUAAAAACUGUAGCUGUGUUCUGUAAUAAUAUCGUUCCUUGGAA